AGUGACGUAUUUCCUCCCGUUCCAAGGUUCACCGUGUCCAGUUGCUUGUCAGACUUAUUUCGUCUCCAUUUAAACCUUCUUCUAAUCCUUCUAGAACAUUUUUCUCACCGCUGACUUCCUCAGACGUUCAGACAGCAGCUUUCUGUUCGCCUCGCUUCGCCUUUUCUUCCAUUUUUGCGCCGUUUUCCGCCUUUCUGUGUCGAACUUUUCCCAGUUAGCUCCGCAGCUAGCCACCAUUUCCCCCAGAAAGAACCAAUCAGCUGAUCGAUAUCUGCAGCAUGGAUCAAUCAGGAGUCGCAGCUCAAACCCAGAAGAGUCCGUGGGGCUCGGUGGGCCCGGCGCCGCCUGCCUGCUCUCUGACUGAUGUGAUGAGCGAACAGCUGGCCCGACAGCUGGAUGAGGAGAACAGCGCCUUCCCGGGGCUCUCAGACCCUGCGGCGGACCUGCUGCUGUCGGAGGACGCUGCAGACACCACCAGCGACCUGAUGCUGGCCCAGAUGCUGCAGAUGCAGUUCGACAGAGAGUUUGACGAUCAGCUGCGCCGCGAGGAGAAGAAGUUCAACGGAGACAGCAAAGUCUCCAUCUCCUUUGAGAACUACCGGAUGGUCCAUCCCUACGAGGACAGCGACAGCUCCGAGGACGAGGUGGACUGGCAGGACACGAGGCGCGACCCGUACAAAGCCGACAAGCCUCAGACGACCCCCAGGAGAGGCUUCAGCGGGAAGGGGAAGAACAUCACCACCAAACACGACGAGGUGAUGUGCGGACGGAAGAACACGGCUCGCAUGGACAACUUCGCUCCGGAGGUCCAGGUGGGGGACGGUUUGGGGAUGGACCUGAAGCUGUCCAACCAGGUGUUCAACUCUCUGAAGCGCCACUGCUACAGCGAGCAGCGCCGCAGCGCCCGGCUGCACGAGAAGAAGGAGCACUCCACCGCCGAACAUGCCGUGGACCCUCGGACCCGGCUGCUCAUGUAUAAGAUGGUGAACGCCGGCGUCCUGGAGAACAUCAACGGCUGCAUCAGCACCGGGAAAGAGUCGGUGGUGUUCCACGGCGACGGAGGAAGCCUGGAGGAGCAGCCCGUCCCAGAGGAGGUGGUCCUGAAGGUUUUCAAAACCACGCUGAACGAGUUCAAGACCCGAGACCGCUACAUCAAGGACGACCAGCGCUUCAAGGACCGCUUCGGCAAACAGAACCCCCGGAAGAUCAUCCGCCUGUGGGCCGAGAAGGAGAUGCGCAACCUGAGCAGGAUGAAGAAGGCUGGCAUUCCCUGUCCGGACGUGGUUCUGCUGAAGAAGCACAUCCUGGUGAUGUCGUUCAUCGGGAAGGAACACGUUCCUGCGCCCAAACUGAAGGACGUGAAGCUGGGCAGUGAGGAGAUGAAGGGCGCGUACCAGCAGGUGGUGCAGCUGAUGCAGCAGCUCUACCACGACUGCAACCUGGUCCACGCCGACCUGAGUGAAUACAACAUGCUGUGGCACCAGGGGAAGGUGUGGCUGAUUGACGUCAGUCAGUCGGUGGAGCCGACUCAUCCUCACGGGCUGGAGUUCCUCUUCAGAGACUGCAGAAAUGUCUCCACGUUCUUCCAGAAGAGCGGGGUGGCUGAGGCCAUGAGCGUCUACAAGCUUUUCAACGCCGUGACCGGCCUGAACAUCCCAGUGGUGGCCGAGGACGAGUCUCUCUUCAUGGCUGAGAUCGUGGCCUUGGAGAAGAAGCAAGAGGAUCACAUCCAGAGACGAGGGAAGAAAACGUUCCCGCUGACAGAGGACGGCGGCCCCCCUCUAGAACCCGACUUCGAUGACUAAUCCCCCCCGACCCGCCUAACCACCGACUCGCUUUGAUCUGCCGUGUCACCAACGUUGUACGGAGGACAUGGACCCAAGAGGAGGCUUCUGGGUCCAUCCCCCCCACCCCCAACAGAACCCCACCCACCGCCUGCUUCAUGGCAGGAUGCAGCGCCACCUCCUGGCUGCAGGAGGGAGGGUCUCCUGCAGGCUGAGAGGGAAUCAUGUCCUCCUGCUUUAUGGCUGUUUGAUGUGAAGCUGAAAACAGAAGCACUUGAAGGUUAUCAGUCGUUACCUGAUGGGCCAAUCAGACGCUCAGAUGCUCCGACGCCGAUUGAUUAACGAGCUUUUAACGAGUCGUGGUCGGACCUCCUCAGUCUCUGUUUUCAUGGAGUGACGGAUGAAAACCAAUCGGCUCCUGAAGCCCAGAUUUUGCUGCUUUUGCUGUUUUUUUUUUUAAUGUGUGAUUUUAUCGGGUGGGAUGAAGUAAAAAUAUUAGGAUUCAUGUUUGAAUAAAUGUAGAGAAACGGGUUUGCUGUGAGAGAAAACAUCCUAAAUGUUUAAGUCGUUAAAAUCAUCCUGAGAAAAUAAAAAGAGGUGGAAGCAUAAGAAUCA